AUGUCAUAUCUGAGUCACUGGAGAAAAAUCCGGGCAAAAGCUGCAGCAGUCGCACUGAAAUGUAGCAGCAGUGAAGAUGAUUCCCCUGAAAAUUUAAAUCCUAACCAGUGUAAUGUAGAAGAUGGAGGUGAAGAUCUUGUAGAAGAGGGAGGUGAAGAUCUAGUAGAAGAGGGAGGUGAAGAUCUAGUAGAAGAGGGAGGCGAAGAUCUAGUAGAAGAGGGAGGCGAAGAUCUAGUAGAACAGCAUAGUUUAAAUGAAGCAGAAGAAAGUGAUGCAGAUUCAGAUUUUGGCUACAGAGAGAAUGUGUCAAGUGAUUCAGAAGAAGUCAUAGAAUCUCCAAAAAAAGAUGAGGUAACCUUGCAUGAAAAGCUUGCUUCCUGGGCUACCAGAAGUAAAUGUGGAAGAAGCCACAUUGAUGAAUUGCUUGGUAUCUUGAAGGAGGAAGGCUUAGAAUUACCAAAGGAUUCAAGGACAUUAUUGAAAACACCUCGCCAAAUCCACACAGAGGACAAGUGUGGUGGACAAAACUUGGAGAGAGUCCGGAAACAUCGCAGGCUGCUUGAAGUUAAAGACAUUGACCGUGGUCAUGUAUUAUCUUUACUUUUAUUAACAGAGCUAGAACUUCCUGCUGCUCCAAGGAAGCUUCACGUUCAAGAGCGAGAGUCACCAAUAAGGUCCGAACGUGCAAGCUCGCCAUCAUCAUCAUCUACGUCAUCCACGCAAUCAAGCUCUGGCUCUGUCAUUCCACCAUCAACCUCCUCCAGGCGAUCAAGCUUGCUCCAGCAAAUUCAAGAGCCCACACCAGAAAUGCCAACCAGACCACAAAUUCAAAAAAGCCUGUCGCAACAAGAACAUCAACAACAACGUAGAAGAUCCCCUGUUCAGCAAGGUACUCAAGGGACCAGCUCCAGACAACAACCUCCAACACAGGGAAAACGCUGCCCAUACCCAAUGCCAGAAAAAAAAUUUCAGAGAAAAGUGAUGCAAAUGCUAGUGGAAAUGCGUGAGGAUAUCCGCUCAUUAAAGAAACGGGAUGUAGAAAACUUUGAAGCAUCUCAAGUUCAACAAGUUCCAACCGUUGAGGCUCUAAACCUCCUUGAUGGAUCCCUCGACUCCCUGGAGGAAAAACAGAAGCUGAUUAAUACCUUGUCCAAGGUGGGAGGAGUCCACCUGAAAGAUAAUGUAAAAAGGGUCAUGGAGAAGUUGAUGACAAAUGAAGUUAUGUCCAACUUUAAUAUGAAGGGCGGGAAGGGCAAGCUUGCCUUCACUAAGCUCCGGCUCUUCACUGUUGUUACAGAGAGUGUCCAGAGGACGACUGGUGAAACGGAGGCAAACAUUGCAGCGGCUGUCGCCUUCUGUUUAAAAUAUGCCCCAGACAGGGAGCGCGCGAGCAGAUGGAAACCAUGGAAACGAGGAAACCCAUCAACUGACAAACAGCAAACUAGCGUCUCUCACUGUUGUUUUCUCUGCUUUCAGAUCAUCAUAGAUGUCCUGCUGCACCCCCUGGGGUCCAAGACAAUCUCCACGGCUAUGACCUCGACUAUAGUUUUCUGGGAUCCACAGUGGAAGGCAUCAAGGCGUGAGAUGUUGGCUGGACAGAUGUACCUGUACACCACACCGACCUCUGCUUUUACAUGGAUGGCGGAUUACUAUCAUGUUCUGUAAAGGUUUCAUUAUAGCAAAACAGAGCACCUGUGACAGUGGAAUCUGUAGGUGUAACGUAGUCAGUUAAAAGUAGUCAGGUGUAAAGUAGUCACAGAGAGAACGUUUUUUUUUUUUUAAGUUUCAAACUUUUUUCUCUUUCACAAAAAACACUGCAGUUACAGCUUUUCAAAUUCUUCAUUGGAGGUGUACAAAUAAUUUUCUUUUU